AUGUCUGACUCAACAGAAUCCAAAGAGGAAAGAUUCCACCAAUAUUUGUUAAACUUACCAAAGGAAAAGAAGGACGCAAUUAGAGGUAAGCCACACGAAGUCCUUAAAAUUAUCGAUGAGUACCCUGAGCAUUUCAUGAAUAUUGGCCAAGAGAAGGGUAAAAUCAUUUCAAAGCAUAUUAGAGAAAAAAGCCCCAAAAUCAUGAUUGAAUUGGGCGGGUAUUUGGGGUACUCUGCGGUUCUUUUUGCAAAUGAGUUGGUCGAGGACCCCGAAGCCAAGUAUUUCAGUUUUGAAGCAAAUGCAGAUUUUGCUAAAAUUGCCAAAGAUGUGAUUGAGUUGGCGGGGUUGUCCAAGAAAAUAGAAAUUAUCGUUGGUAAAGCAGCGUACACUUUAGUCGAAUUCAAGGAGAGAUUGAGUAGAAAUCAUGGACUGAAACCAAUUGAUUUCAUCUUUAUUGAUCAUUGGAAAGACUUGUACGUGCCUGAUCUUAGAGAGUUGGAAUCAUUGAACUUUGUUGCACCAGGAACAAUCAUAACUGCGGACAAUAUUCUUAGACCAGGAGUUCCUGAGUAUAUGAAGUAUGUCAGAUUGACUCCGGAAGAAAAGAAAAAGUACAAUGCUGACCAUCCAAAUCCUAAUGGUGACGAAUUUAUCGGUAGGUGGAAUAUCUUGUAUGAGACGGAGACAGUCAAGGUUAAAUUCCCUAAUGGUGAAGAUGCUGUUGAAAUUACCAAAUGUACCGAUUACUUAUCGGCAUAA